AUGGUGAAAGAACUUAAGAGAAAACAUAGGUUAGAUAUGUUAGGUUUGGUAGAGACUAAAAGACAGUUAGUGACAAGGUUUGAUGUUUUGAAAAUUUGGAGGAACGGUUGUGCGGAGUGGGAGUAUGUGGAGUCUGAUGGUGUAUCUGGUGGGUUGUUACUAAUGUGGGAUGAUGGUUUCUUUAAAAUGGGAAAUUGCUAUAAAGGUGAGCGAUGGCUAUGUGUUGAAGGGAUACUGACAGAGAAUUCUAUUAACUGUGCGUUUUUCUUGGUUUAUGGUGCUCACACUAGAGAUGAGAAACGUGUUGUGUGGGAGGAGCUGAGUUACAUAGGUGGUUUAUGUCCAGGUGCCUGUUGUUUUCUGGGGGACUUUAACGAGAUUAGACAAGUGGAAGAAAGGCGAGCCUUAGAAAGCUUACCUUUGUCGGCACAAGACUAUAAGAAUUGGAUACACGACAUGGGUUUGGUAGACCUGCCGAUUUCAGACCGUAAGUUUAUAUGGUUUAGAGGACAGUCAUGCAGCCGUAUUGACCGAGUUUUGGUUAGUUUGAAAUGGCUGGAGGCAUUUCCAGAGACUCGUUUGAGAGGCGGUCCACGGGGUUUGUCAGAUCACUACCCUAUCAUAGUAGAAGAGAAGAGGCUAAGAGAUGGAUCGAGGCCGUUCCGAAGUCUGGAUUCAUGGUUUACUCAUGAAGGAUUCUUAAGGAUGGUCAGGGAGGAAUGGAAAUGGUUGGGAGAGGUACAAUUCACCGAUAAACUGAAGGCGUUGACGGUUCCUUUGGGGAAAUGGCAUAAGGACAACUUUGGUGAUAUGGACAAGAAAAUUUUGAAGUUUGAGGAAGAGAUUCAGAAGAUUGAUGACAUGGUCGGUAAUGGGAGUUAUGAUGGGACGGUGGAAGCAAGAAAAAAGGCGUUAGUUACUUGUUGCGGGAAAUGGUAUGUGAGGAAAGAAUUACAUUGGAAGCAGAUGUCAAGGUCGAGGCAUGCAAAGGACAUGGAUAAAAGUACGAGAUACUUCCACAACUUAGCUUCUGUGAGACGGAGAAAUAAUAGGAUUGAUACGUUAGUUAUUAAUGGAAGAUUGGUAAGGAAUCAAGCUAAGAUUAAAAUUACCAUCAGGGAGUUUUAUAAAGACUUAUAUCAUCAAGAGAGGUCUCUUGAGGUGGGCUUCAGAGAUGGUCUGGUGGAAAGGAUCAGCGAGGAAGAUUCUCUUGCUUUAGAGUUACUAUCGUCACCCGAAAAGGUUAAAGAGGCAGUGUGGGAUUAUUGUGAAUCGUCCAAGGCUCCAAGAUGUGACGGUUACAACAUGAACUUCAUAAAGAAGUGUUGGACUGAUAUAGGCUCGGAUUUCACGGCAGCGGUAUUGGGCUUUUUCUAA